CUGGGUUGCCUUGCUUAGUAUCUCUCGGUUCUUCAGAGAGGCUGACGCUGCACAGCUCCCUGCAUCCCUGCAACCCGGACUGCAUUCAUUUAUUUUAACAAGUAAAAAAUCAGAACAAUGAAUAUUCUGAACCAGCAGUAUGAGGAGAAGGUGCGUCCCUGCAUCGACCUGAUCGACUCCCUGCGCUCUCUAGGAGUGGAGAAGGACCUGGCGCUGCCGGCCAUAGCCGUGAUAGGAGACCAGAGCUCCGGGAAGAGCUCGGUGCUGGAGGCGCUGUCAGGGGUGGCUCUGCCCAGAGGAAGUGGGAUUGUCACAAGAUGUCCUCUCGAGCUGAAGAUGAAGAGACGGAAAGAAGGUCAGGAAUGGUAUGGAAAGAUCAGUUACCAAGAACAUGAGGAGGAAUUAGAUGAUCCUGUAAUUGUGGAGAAAAAAAUCAGAGAAGCACAGGAUGAAAUGGCUGGAGUUGGCGUGGGGAUCAGCGAUGACCUCAUCUCUCUGGAAAUCGCUUCCCCGGAUGUUCCGGACCUGACUCUCAUUGACCUCCCUGGUAUCGCCAGGGUGGCCGUGAAGGGGCAGCCGGAGAACAUUGGAGAUCAGAUAAAACGACUCAUUGACAAGUUCAUUAGAAAACAAGAAACCAUCAGCCUGGUGGUGGUCCCAUGCAAUGUAGACAUCGCCACCACAGAGGCCCUAAAGAUGGCUCAGCAGGUAGAUCCCGAUGGAGAGAGGACUCUCGGUAUCUUGACCAAGCCUGAUUUGGUGGACAAAGGCACGGAAGAGACAGUGGUAGAAAUAGUCCACAAUGAAAUCAUCCAACUGAAAAAGGGCUACAUGAUCGUCAAGUGCAGGGGCCAGAAGGAGAUCACAGAGAAGGUGUCUCUGUCUGAAGCAAUAGAAAGAGAGAAAGACUUCUUUAAAAAUCAUGCAUAUUUCCAUACUUUGUACAACGAUGGUCAGGCCACUGUUCCCAAACUAGCUGAGAAACUUACUCUUGAACUGGUGCAUCAUAUUGAGAAAUCUCUACCUAGACUGGAGGAGCAGAUAGAGGAAAAGCUGAAGCAGACUCAGGCGGAGCUGGACCGAUAUGGCAAUGGACCCCCCUCUGAUGCGGCAGAGAGACUUGUCUUCCUGAUUGAUAAAGUGACAGCAUUCACCCAGGAUGCCAUCAGUCUGACCACGGGAGAGGAGCUGAAGUGCGGAGAGAACCUCAAUGUCUUCUCUGUACUUAGAAGAGAGUUUGGGAAAUGGAAGGCCCACCUGGACCGCUCUGGAGAAAACUUUAACAAAAAAAUUGAGAAAGAGGUGGAGGAAUAUGAGGAGAGGUAUCGUGGAAGAGAACUACCAGGCUUUAUCAACUAUAAGACGUUUGAGGUGAUGGUCAAGGAGCAGAUCAGACAGCUGGAGGAACCAGCCAUAAGGAAGCUUAAGGAUGUUGGAGAUGCUAUUAAGAAAGCCUUCAUCCAAUUGGCUGCUGAAAGCUUUGCAGGGUUUCCUAACCUUUUGAAAACAACCAAGGCAAAGAUUGAGGCCAUUAAGCAACAAAAGGAAACUUCUGCUGAGCUGAUGCUGAGGACCCAGUUCAAGAUGGAGCUGCUCGUUUACUCCCAGGAUAAGACCUACAGCAACAGUUUGAGUGAAAUCAAGAGGGAGGAAGAAGAGAAUGAUGAAGACUUCAAUUCAGGAAGGAGCGUUGUGUACUGCAUGGAUAAUCAUGCAACGCUUCAGGAGCUGAUGGUGCAUCUUAAAUCAUAUUAUAAGAUAGCGGGAAUCCGUCUGGCAGACCAGAUCCCGCUGGUGAUCCGCUAUGAGAUGCUGCAGGAGUCUGCCAGGCAGCUGCAGAGGGAAAUGCUACAGAUGCUUCAGGACAAGGAAAAUGUGGACUUCUUGCUGAAGGAGGACUAUGACAUCGGCAGCAAGAGGACCAAUUUGCAGAGUCGCAUGAAGCGCCUCAUGCAGGCCCGUGCAUAUCUGGUGGAGUUCUAGAUGUUAUACUGCCUUCCAGGAAGAGGAUAGCUUUUGUUCUGCGACUACUCUAAGAUGCUCCCUGAUAAACUUUACAUUUAAUUUCUUUACAGCACAAUAUUUAUUUAAGGACCUAAAAUUUUGUGACGGGUAGUUUAGCACAAAAUAUAUUGUGCAAUAUCUAUAGGAAUUACAACUAUUGUCAUUAGCUAGGUUUACGUUUUUUCUUGUGUUGUACACAUUUGUUGUAAUAGAAUACUUUUGUCUGAUUUCAGUGAACCACUUGGAGUUCAUUUGAAUAAUAUUUGAAGUAAAUCAAGUCUUUCUUGUGUAGAUGUUAAAUACCUUCAAACAACCAACUUAAAGGAAGGUAAAUGUACUGAUCUUACCACUGACACAAUGAUUUGAUAAAUAAGCUCCAGCGCCCCCUUGUGUAGAUUUGAUCAAAUAAUCAAUUAAGAUUAGUUGCCCCUAAAGGAAGCAGUUGAAUAUAUAUUCUUUAUUCACAU